GCGGUAUUGCUACCACCCACCGAAAGCGACUCUUUUGCGGAGUGAGGACUCCUGCACCGCUGAAGAAAGUUGGAUUCUUCGCUCUCCAUUCUCUCUUUCCUCCGCCUCCUCUCCCUUUUAUGGGAACACGGUCUCCAACUCUUACGAGUCUUCGCAAGUUCGCCCGCGUUGCAUCGGAGAGAGAAAAGGCAGCGAGGUUUGACCUGGUGAAGCCCACGCUAAAAUCGCUGGCUUCUUCUCGGGAGGAGGCCGCUGCGCCAAUCCCCGGCGACGCUGCCUGUGCGAGGCCGUUUAUGGAAGGUCCUCCAGGGACAGCGAGGCGGCGGGAAGAACGCCUGCCACUUUCUGACGUGGUGGCGGAUUGUAUGCGUCGUUGGUUCAGGGAUGCCCUUGCGGAGGCCAAGGCUGGCGAGGUCGCGAUGCAGGUUCUUGUUGGUCAGAUGUACAAUAGCGGCUAUGGCGUUCCUCGGAAUGAGCAAAAGGCAAAGGUAUGGCUUACUAAAGCUUCAAGGUACAGGUCUUCAGUUUGGAAGGUCAGCGAGAAACAUCCAGGUUAUAAUGCUAGUGAGUCAGAUUCUGAUGAGGUAAAGAAGGAUGAGAGUUGACAACCGAGUUUGAUUAGAGAUAUGGACCAUCUGUUAUACCAACAUGAUUUGUAGGAUUUCAGUAACAAAUAGAGUUGUUUUGUGUUACUGUGGACUACCUGCUCCGUUACUCACAUCACGUCAGCCUCGUAGCAGUGGGAGAUAGUUCUACGAUUGUCGCAAAAGUGUUUCAGCUCGUUGUGGUUUCUUUCGAUGGGCCAACAGUCCCACAUGGUACACUGCUAGCAGUGAUGAGAAUCCGAUGUUCUCCCAGGUUGAUAAUACAGCUGAGGACAAACGUAGUCAAAGUUUGAAAUUGAAUAUUUUAAUAUUUCUUAUUAUAGUUGU